AAAAUAAUGCUAAUAAGAAGAACUACAUCACCUUCUUCUGUUAGAAAAUCACUAAGGAAACUGUUUUUAUUGAAACUUUAGGCAUUUAGAAAGUGUAUCUCUUUUUCUGGUGUUUUAUGUGGCUUUUUCAGUAGGUGGGAUUCAGCGCUGAAUUUUUGGGGCGUAAAGCUGGGGAACAGCCGAGUGAAGUCCCUUCAGAGGCGUCCUGGUGCACGUGAGGGCAGAAGCAGUGGGAUGCUGCAUUUCAGGAAAGCAGAGCCUGGGAUGAAAUAGCAGAACAAUUCUUGGGACUAGCUGUUUUUGAUGUAAAUGUGCUUUAGUUUGGUUUAUUCAGGGGAAAUCCCUGUUGGAUCUGGGGAUGGCCCUGGGGUCCCCCGAGGUGGCUGGAGGCACCCGGGUGUGCGCUGCUCGGGGUAGGCAGCGGGUCCCAGGGCCGAGCAGGGCAUUUGGGUGUCCCGUAGCGGGUACGUCUUCCCCUGCCUGCAGCGUCUGUUGGUUUGGGGCCGUUUCUGAACCUUUUUGGAGCCGCAGGCUGCUCGCUGUGGGCCGUUAGAGCGAUUUUCCCCGCUGUAAAUCUGAGCUCAGCCGUUUGGGAGCGGGAGCGAGAGGCAAUUAUCUUGUUAGCGCUUCUGCGGGUAGCGGCUUUACUGCGCUUCUGCCUCUCAAAAGCGGCCGAAUAUAAAUUGCGUGUGAUGAUUUAAUAAUGGGAGGCUUGUAAUUUCAAUAUAUAUUUGGGUGGGAAGAAGGCUUCGUGUCUUUUUCCCUGAGACGUGCCGUCUGAGAUAAGCAGAGCCCUUGCAUUAUGCUCAGGGCUGGGUUAUCACGAGCGGCUCUUAACGUGGAUCAAAUGAAGUGCCUGGUGUACGGCGUGCUGGCUGCGUUUAAAAAAGGAAAAGCUCGAGAAAUAUGAAGAUGCAUAAGAUAGAGUUCAAUGCCUGCAUUUUCCGUUCAAGAGCACUGUACGGUCUUUGUACUAUUUUUGUUCUGCCCGUAUCCCAGACUCCUUUGUACGCUUGCAAGUUUGUGGGAAUGACUCAGGGAGAAAGCUAUUUAACCUAAAGGACACCACUGGCGAAAAAAUACGUGGAUAAAGAGCGAUGGCGGGGCUGCGAGCGGGAAACGAGAGGGGUUUGUGUGUGUAGCAGAGGAACAGGACCCUAAACAGCCUCCAAAUGGGAGGAACGGGGCAAAAAAGAAAAACCUCUGCUUUUUAAGGUGCCGUUCAAGCAGAGCGAGAGGGGAGUUUUAUAACGUGGUUGCUUGAAGUACCGAGGAACCAGACUUAAUGAUCCGCAGUGUCUGUGCAGUCCGAGGUCCCGUUUCACUUCUGUUUAAUUAAUGGAAGGGCUUAAAUAUCCCGUGAAACCGAUCGUGCCAGCGCCUGUCUGCAAUGUGAUCGUUUUUAAAGGCAGCUCCACAGCUGUUUGUUACAAGCCUACCACCCCAGGCCAGCUACUGGAAGACGCUGGCUUUCUUUACCAGGACCACCAGUUGUUUGCUGGCAGGCAUGAAGUUUCUCCGCUAACAGCUGAAGCCAUCAGCGCUAAAGAGAAAGCUGCCGAGGAAGCCCUCUGCACCUUGCACCCUCCAAACUUCCUCCGGAGCUCAGAGGUGGAGAUGCGAGGCUCGGAGGAGGUGGCAGCCGGCACGGUCCUGCAGCGCCUGAUCCAGGAGCAGCUGAGGUAUGGCAACCCCAGUGAGAACAUGAACCUGCUGGCCAUACAGCACCAAGCGACGGGCAGCGCCGGCCCCUCCAACAGCACUGCCAGCACUCUCUCUUCCACAGAAAACCUCGCGCCAGAGGACCCACAAAUGGUCCAGCCGUCGGCGCGGCAGGAACCGCAGGGGCAGGAGCACCAGGGGGACGGUGCUGCGAUGGAGAAGCAGCCCCGGGCCGCGCAGCCCCCGCACAGCAGCGAAGAGCUCCCCACCUACGAGGAAGCCAAGGCCCAGUCCCAGUUUUUCCGGGGACAGCCGCCGACGGGGCCGGGAUUUUAUGUCGCCGGCACCUCCGGCCAGAAGUCCAGGACGGAGGGGAGGCCGACGGUGAGCCGGGCCGGCAGCGGGCAGGCGCAUAAGGACGACGCACUGAAGGAGCUGAAGCAGGGCCACGUGCGCUCGCUGAGCGAGAGGAUCAUGCAGCUCUCGCUGGAGAGGAACGGGGCCAAGCAGCACCUGCCGGCCCCGGCGGGCAGCAAGGGGCUGAAGGCGGCCCCGGCACCCAGCAAGGGCAUGGACCCGCGGGGCCCGCCACCCGAGUACCCCUACAAAGCCAAGGCAGCGGCGGUGGCGGCGUCCCCUGGCAGCAAGGUGCCUGAGCACGGGCUCUUCUAUGGUGAGCAGCACCCAGCGGGAGCGCAGGACGUCCUCAAGGCUUCCUAUGUGGCCCCCCAGCCCGCCCGGACGGAGGUGGCGGUUGUCCGGUACCAGCCGCCCCCGGAGUACGGGGUGACCAGCCGACAAUGCCAGCCGCCCUUCCCAGCGCCGCCGCCGGCCCAGCAGCACAGCCCCAUGUCCUCGCAGGCCUCCUCCGCCGCCGGCCCUCUGCUCCCGGGCUCCUUGGGAGCUCCUGCCCAGCCACCCGCGCCGCCAGGCCCGCAGCUGACGCCCGAUGCCUUCGCCAUCGUGGAGCGGGCGCAGCAGAUGGUGGAGAUGCUCUCUGAGGAGAACCAUGUGCUGCGGCAGGAGCUGGAGGGGUACUACGAGAAGGCAGACAAGCUGCAGAAGUUUGAAAUAGAGAUUCAGAGGAUUUCAGAAGCUUAUGAGGGCCUGGUCAAGACCACCACUAAAAGGGAGUCUCUGGACAAAGCGAUGAGAAACAAACUGGAAGGAGAAAUUAGGAGACUUCACGAUUUCAACAGGGAUCUCCGUGAACGACUGGAGACAGCCAACAGGCAGCUAGCCAGCAGAGACUUCGAUGGGCACGAGGAUAAGUCCACAGAGGGCCUUUAUGUCACUCAGAACAAGGAGCACUUGAAGGAGAAGGAGAAGCUGGAGAUGGAGCUGGCAGCCAUGCGCUCCACCAACGAGGAUCAGCGGAGGCACAUCGAAAUCCUCGACCAGGCCCUGAACAACGCUCAAGCCAAGGUCAUCAAACUGGAAGAAGAGCUGCGCAGGAAGCAGGCCUACGUGGAGAAGGUGGAGAAACUGCAGCAGGCGCUGACGCAGCUGCAGGCGGCCUGCGAGAAGAGGGAGCAGAUGGAGCGGCGGCUGCGCACGCGCCUGGAGCGGGAGCUGGACUCGCUGCGGAUGCAGCAGAGGCAGGGAAGCUACCAGGCAAACAGCCUCCCGGAGCACAACGCCCCGGCGCUGAUGGAGCUGGUGCGGGAGAAGGAGGAGCGGAUCCUGGCUCUGGAAGCCGACAUGACCAAGUGGGAGCAGAAGUACCUGGAGGAGAGCACCAUCAGGCACUUCGCCAUGAACGCCGCAGCCACGGCUGCGACGGAGAGGGACGCCUCGGCCCCGAGCCACUCGCGCAACGGCAGCUACGGCGAGAGCGCGCUGGAGGUGCGGGGCUGGCAGGAGGAGGAGGAGAUCGUGCAGGCCAACCGGCGGUGCCAGGACAUGGAGUACACAAUAAAGAAUCUCCAUGCAAAAAUAAUUGAGAAGGAUGCCAUGAUCAAGGUCCUUCAGCAGCGCUCGCGGAAGGAUCCCGGAAAAGUCGACAGCGCCAGCCUGCGACCUGCUCGGUCCGUCCCCUCCAUCGCUGCUGCGGCGGGCACGCAUUCGCGCCAGACCUCGCUCACCAGCAACCAGAUAGCUGAGGAGAAGAAGGAGGAGAAGAUCUGGAAGGGAAGCAUAGGGCUGCUCCUGGGGAAGGAGCACCACGACCACCCGUCGGGCCCCUCGCUGCCUCCUCCGCUGCCCUCCUUGUCGUGCACGCCAGUUCCAGCAGCCUCCCACGCGAAGACAGGCAGCAAAGACAACAGCACCCAGACGGACAAAAGCGCCGAGCUCUUCUGGCCCGCCGCCGCCUCCUUCCCUGGCCGUGGCCGGCUGGGCACCACCCCGUCGCACAGCCCCGCUCCGCGGCCCCCGGGGGCACGGCCAGCGGGCGAAAAACUGGAGAACUCCAGCCACGGGAAGCCGCCCGACAGCAAAGGCAGGGUGAGCAGCUUGCUCCACAAGCCCGAGUUUCCAGAUGCAGACAUGAUGGAAGUCCUCAUCUGAGCAGAGGAUGGCAUCUCUGGGGUGUCAUGGGCAUACUUCCAGGCCUGAGGAUGUCGUCGGUGUGCCAACCUUAAAAACGAACUCUGAGAAUUUGAAGAAGGACGGAGAAAGUUUGUGCCUGAAACGAAGCUUGAGUCUGCUACGUUGAGACUGUGGACUGGGCGAGAAGUAAAGAGCACCGAAGAGGAGAGUUGAAAUGAAUGUCUGGGACUUUCUGAGCAGAAAGGGACAUGGAAAACUGAAGGUGGCUUGAGAAGGUGAUCGUCGAGGAAAGAGGAAACUGCAUUUUCUGGUGUAAAGAGAAGGGAGCUAAGUUACAGACUGGGUGCACGGGGCCGUUCUGGUUUACUGCCUCUGCAGCCAGGACAGGAGCACAAUCUUGGCUCUUCUGGGGCCAUACGAGUUUCUGAAAAUAACAGGAGAAACUUGCAUCUUCCUCAGUAUUGAUUCAUUUCUUAAAAGUAUUCACUGCUGAGUUUUAGUGAAGCGUUGGUCUGUAGAUGUGCACGGCAGGUUCUUGUAAGUAUCCCUUUGAAGUGGUGUGGUGUGGUUUUCCUGGACAUGUAGGUCAGGUGCCUCACUCCUGGCUGGACAAAUGUUACUCUUGGAGCUGGGUUGCAGUGCAAAUAUUCGCGUCUUGCAAACUCAGAGCUUGCUAAGGCUUCUUUUUUUUUGGUAGGAGCAGUUGUUUGCUGGAAUUUCGAUGGAGGAUGAAGGUGGGGGAGGACAGGAGCUCCUUCGGCAGGGGCUGAAGCAAUCCCUUCUGUAACACCGGGAAGGUUUCAGGAGGGAAAGUCGGGGAGGAUCCAGCCAGCUCCACUACAGGGGCUAUGCGAGGCAGGGUUAGGUAAGAGGUGAAGUGCAUGGGUGCAUUUUGUGGGCGAGGAUGUGUGCGGGAGGGCAGGAAGGGGCUGACACAACGUGUCCCCUGAGCAUAGCCCCGCAGACAGCGUCGGUCCAGCCUGCAGCACUCCCCGAACCUGGGCUGCCCCCGAUGCUGCCAGCUGCACGCAGGUUUCAGCAGGUGGGAAUCUGAGCACAAGGCUGUACGUAGUACGUAGCCCGAGGGAACACAAACCCUUUGGGGCCAAUUACAUUGGAGAGAUGGAAAAAAAGAAAACAAAAAAACCCACUGAGGGUUUCUGAAAUGAGUUCAGUGGAACUAAGCUGGGCUUGCACGUGAGAUCAGCAGAUGCCUCUUACUGUGCACUGGUUCACAACAGCGGAAGAAGCAGUGUGUUCGUGGUAAGAGCAGGAAUUUUUCCUUAUUUUCAGGGCCUGCAGCCAAAUCCUACCUUCCCUGAGCAAAUAGACCUGUUGUUCAGGCUGGUGUGGGACUCAGCAUUCAGGGGUGUAGUGUCAGGCCCGGAAGGGUUUAACUGCAAAGGGGUGCAUGAGCAUCAUCUGUUCUGCGUGCUGAGAAGCAGCCUCUUUUCAUCUUGUUUCUCCCAAGACAAUUACUCCUUUUCAGCUCAGUCCCUGAUUUCUCUAAGAGGUGGCAACUGUCUUGUAAGACAGCCAACUCACCGGCAGUGUUACUUAGACGUUUUGCUUCCUGUAUUGCAAAUGCUGAUAGGGAAAUGUUCCUCUUUGAGGUAUUUCUAUGUCGGUUUUUGUCUUCCUAAAUCAUCCAGUACACCCCAAUGACAUUAGGGAGAAUUUGGCUUUGGGAAAAGGGUGAUGGGAUUUUGUGUGAAGCUGCCUGAAGUGGAAAGGUGAUGGGUGCUCGUGUGGCUGGAAGGAACCAUGUGCUCAGGACUGGCUCGAGGUCAUCCCUUCCUGUAGGCAUCAAAAUGUUCUUGAUUGUGAACACACCAGGCACUUUAAACGCUGCUUUUGCUGAAAACUGAAGUCCUUGCAAGCUCAAAGCCGGCAGGUGCUAGAGCCCUGCGCUCAGUGUUGCAUGGCUGAGAGAGACCAGUUUUUGGAAACAAAAUGGCUGUGCUAAGUCUAUGCACUUACUUGUGUGUGUACCUAGAGUUAGACAUACGUCGGUGUCGCUGAGUUUUGCACUUGUUAGCCGCAGUAGUGCUAAGUAGGCUCUGUAGUCAAGAGAAUCGCGUGUUCCGAGUAUUACCAGCUUUGCAAAACCAAAUGUGUAAAGCCCUUUGAAGAUGUUACGCUGCUUAAUAUAUGCCUUGUAAAAUAAUUUUAUUUUUUUUUUCUCUAAAGUUAAUUUAAAUGUUGUAAACGUUUGCAUAAAAGCCGGGUCUGUGCGUGGCAGUGGCUGGCUGCAGGCUCCAGCAUCCCCCGACCCACCGCGGUCACCCUCCCGCAAGGGAGCCAGCACUGGGAGCUGGGCAGGAGGGUGAGAGAGCAAAGGAAUAUAAGUUAAACAGUAGUGAGUAUUUCCCCAUCUUUCUCCAAGAAAUAAGGAUACCCAGCUGCAUUGUAUGACUGGCUGUAGUAUUUCUUUUGAUGACACUAUUUAAUGAUUUCCGUACAGGCAGGCAGCUAGGUGUCCGGCAGGAGCAGCGUUGGAGCAGUGUGCGUGACGUGCUUUCAGUCGGUUGUAUUUCACUGUGGUGCAGCUCAAAGUCAGCUACAAUACCACACUCCUCCUCCUCCUCCUCCUCGUGGAGACAACGGGCCCUCCGGUUCUGGGUGUCCAAAGGUGCGUUUACAACUGGUGCUGCCCCAGCUUUGUGUUCACGUGUGGGAAACCAUCUGUUACAAACACAGUGCGGGCAAAUUUUACUUUCAGGUUCACAGCUCAGAUAAACAUAAAGGUUCGUUCUCCUCAAUUUAACUGACCUCAAGAGAUUUCAGCUUUCCUGGAGGGAAGGUCUGAAGGCGCAGGGGUCUCCCCCGCAGCCCAAGCACUAGCAGGGCUUGCAUGGAGUACUGCUGCCACGAAUCAGCCCCUCUCAGCAGAGCGGUGCAGCUCCAUUCGUACUGGUUUUCCCAGCUCUUUGAACUGUAUGGUGUUUUGAGAAACUGUGCUGUAGCCAUUCCAGGUGACGUUGGUAACUAGUUGUAAAAUACUGUCAUUUUUUAUUGUCGUUGGUUGUAUAGAGAAGUUGGUGUACAGUCUUGUACAGCUGGAGGGUUGUUUGUACAUAGGUGGGUAAAUGAAGAACGUUAUGUGUCACCCACAGCAAAUAUUGAUAUUGUUGGUCAGCCAAAGAUUUCUUAUUCUUUGCUGUUGAAACUUGUGCCUUAAUAUUGUAUAUAAUAAAUGUAUAAACACGUUUCGUUCCUCA